AUGCCGUUUGGAUUGUGCAAUGCUCCAGCAACGUUUGAAAGGUUGAUGGAGCUUGUACUAACCGGGCUAAUUGGAGAUGCCUGUCUCGUCUAUUUGGAUGACAUCAUCAUCGUAGGCCGUACGUUUGAGGAACACCUUCAAAACCUGGAACGCGUGCUCAUGAAGAUCCAGAGUGCCAACCUCAAGUUGAGUUCAAAGAAGUGCUCACUGUUCCAACGGCAAGUUAGUUUUUUGGGGUAUGUAGUGUCGGAAGAAGGUAUCCGCACAGAUCCCGAGAAAAAUGCUGCUGUCAAGGAGUGGCCGGUCCCAAAAGACAUGACACAGGAGCUCAAGAACUGUCUGUGCAAAACACCUAUUUUGGGGUACCCUGAUGCGGGCAAGGAAUUCAUAGUUGACACAGACGCAAGUGAUAUAGGACUUGGCGGUGUGUUGUCUCAACGGAAUGGUGAUCAAGAUAUUGUGAUAGCGUACUUUAGCAAGUCGUUGUCAAAGCCGGAAAGAAACUAUUGUGUCACAAGACGGGAAUUGCUUGCUGUGUUAAAGUCCUUGCAGCAUUUUAGCAAAUACCUUCUAGGGCGGAAAUUCCACUUACGAACUGACCAUGCUGCACUGAAAUGGCUAUUGCAGUUCAAAAAUCCGGAAGGACAAGUUGCGAGAUGGAUUGAACUACUGCAGGAAUACGACUUUGUGAUCGAACAUCGCAGCGGGAAAUCUCAUGGCAAUGAAGAUGCAUUGUCAAGAAGACCUUGCCCUGAAGAUUGCAAGCAUUGUACUAGGCAAGAGGGUAAGGAAGUGGUAUCUGUGAGAAUGCUCAGGACAGACCAGCUCAGCAAUGAAUGGAAGGACAGCCUACAACAUGCACAGCAGGAAGAUUCGGAUAUUAAGCCGAUUCUGGAAUGGAUGAAGGCCAAUGCUCCUAAGCCCAAGUGGAGCGACGUCUCAGCAAUGAGUUCGACCACAAAAAGCUAUUGGGCCCAAUGGGACAGCUUGCUGAUUCAGGAUGGAGUCCUGUGCCGUAAAUGGGAAAAUGGUUGGGGAGACAGGUGUCAUUUGCAAAUGCUUGUCCCUAAGGCUAAAGUGCCGGAUAUUCUACAGCUGUACCAUAGUGGUUGUUCAGGAUCUUCAGGUGGCCUACCUGGGAGUUAA